UCAUCUCUAUUUUUAUUAGCCAAUUUCUCAAUUGUUUUUAGAUUUGGUAGGCUACUGUACAAGAUAGAUACUGCUAGAUAUGAUAUGCAGACUUUGCAUAAAACACUCCAAUAGUUUCGUGAACAUAUUCGAUGAGAAUGGAAUGCAGCUGGGGAUAUCUGAUAUACUUGGACGCCACUUUUGGUUCAAGCCACAUCCAGAUGACAAAUCGACGGUUAUUUGUUCCAGUUGCUGGUUGAAAGUCAACGACUUCCAUGAAUUCUAUGUAACAGUGGAGACGAGACAUGCUACCCUUAGUAUUGAUGAUGUUAAAAAGGAGCAUUUUACUGAAGUAAUAGCUAAUGAAUUCAUCGAUCCCGAUGUUGGUAUUAAGGAAGAGUUUGCCGAGGUAUCUUGUUUUUCGGAUAAGGCAACUUCCGACAGUGAGAGUGAACAGUUGAACCCAUUUUGUGAAUUGGAUACUGAAAACGUCGCGAAGGACGAAGAUAUUCAAAUAUCCGGAGCAACCCAUACGAAAGAGGGCAUAGAAGACAAAACUGUGUCAAGUUGCACAGUACAAAAAAAACGGAAAAGCAUGGAGACUAAAAAAACUGCUAACAGAAAACCAAAAGUACUUGCACGAGUUCGGUCUGAAAAAUUUGACACUCGUGUAGAAAUUAAAGAAAAAUCGGGCAUUAAAACGUCAAGAGAAGAUUAUGAAAUGGUGAGGCAAUACAUACAAAUGAGUUGCGAAUUGUGCACUUUUAUCAGCGAGGAUUAUGUUUCACUACGAAAACAUUUUCGAAUUCAACACCCCAAAAUUAAAUCAUAUGUGCGCUGCUGCAAUAAGAAACUAUUCCAUCCACACGAAAUAGUACAGCAUGCUUAUAAACAUUUCGAUCCUGAAUUCUUCAAGUGUAAAGAUUGCCAAAAAGUUUUUUCAGAACAAACAACACUAUCUCGGCAUAUGAUUUCCGCUCAUGCACCAGAAGAGGAAAUGAAUUUCCAUUGUGACCAAUGCCCUAAGAGAUUUUCACGACAAAAAAAGCUAGAACUUCAUCGAAACAAACAUGUACCUAUGAAUGAACGAACAUUUAUAUGUGACCAAUGCCCCAAUAGUCGUUUUGCUAACAAUGACUUAUUGAAAAUUCACAUUUGCAUGCGACAUCGACGUGCAACUAACGUUUGUUAUGUGUGCGCUAAAGAGAUACGGGACAAAGCGUCUUUCGAGAAUCACGUACGCUCACAUUCCGCAGAAGGUGGCCCAAAGGUCAAAUGUACAGUCGAAGGUUGUGACCAUUGGCUAAAGGACGAAUUUAACCUUCAGCGCCACAUUCGAAGAUUGCAUACCAAAGAGGACAAAAUGGUGGCGUGCGACAUAUGUGGACGGGAAUGUAAGAAUCAGUGUGCACUAAGCAAACAUAAGCGGCGGGUACACUCUAACAUAGUAUUCACCUGUGGAGUAUGCAAAAAAACCUUCAAGAGGGCGAUAUAUUUGCGGGAACAUAUGGCACAGCAUACUGGUGAAAUCCUCUACAAGUGCCCUUUUUGUACCCGUACUUUCAAUUCCAAUGCAAAUAUGCACGCGCAUAAGAAAAAAAUGCAUCCUAUUGAAUGGGAUAAUUGGCGAAAAACAAAUAAUGGAAGUUCCCAACGAUUUAUGGAACAGAAAAGUCUACAAAACCAAUAACCAGCAUAUUCCAUCUUAACGUAAAAUUGGGACGCAACGAAAUAGUGGAGGAGUAAAUUAAAUAUUCUUUGAUAUACAAAUUACACCAAAAUUUCUUCAAACUAAGGGCUGUUCGCAGUUAAUGCGAAGAUUGUUUAGGUUAGGUUAAAGCUUAAAUAAACGGCAGCGUAGUUCCGGAUCAACUCGUUAA